UCAAAGUUAUUUUACUUUUUCUCCUAUUCGAAAACCCUAGGGAUUAGAAGAGAAAUUUAUUCGUAUUCGUUAACCGAUUUAUCUGUCUCCGUUAUUAGCAAUGGGAAGAGGAAAAUUCAAGGCGAAGCCCACCGGUCAACGCCACUUCUCCACCCCUGAACAGAUGCUUGCUGGUACAUCAACUCGUCCUCGCACUUUUAAGCGGCAAGAAGCUGAAUACAAGGCGGAGGAAGAAUCAGAUGAUGAAUCUGAACAGGAGUCUGGAGAAGAAUCUGAUGAUGAAACUGAACAAAAGCGCAAGGGGACUCAAGGUGUGAUUGAAAUCAACAAUCCUAAUUUGGUGAAGCCAAAGAACUUGAAAGCUAAGGAUCUUGAUGCUGGGAAAACUACUGAACUUUCAAGGCGUGAAAGGGAGGAACUAGAAAAGCAGAGAGCCCAUGAACGAUACAUGAGGCUGCAAGAGCAGGGGAAAACAGAACAAUCAAGGAAAGAUUUGGAACGCCUAGCUCUUAUUCGUCAACAGAGAGAAGAAGCUGCUAGAAAACGAGAGGAGGAGAAAGCCUCGAGGGAGCAGAAGAAGGUUGAAGCUCGAAAAUGACAAUUCCUUUUUACAUACAGCAAGUGUUUCUUCCAAAAGAUGAUUAUGUGUACUUUCUACAAUUUAGCUGGCAAUUGGUUUAUAUUCAAAGAUUCUUCUUUUUUAUAUUAUUUUUCUUUAAAGGGUGAUGGUUAUACAUCUCAUUAUACAUUUGUUUCUUCCUAUUUGGUACACAUUAUUUGAUAAUUUUGUUUGUGUUUUGGAGUUAAA